AUGGCUCGGGCGAAAAGCAGCGCCACCCCAGGGCCCGAGAGUGUAGAACGCCGGCGCAGUGCGAGACACGUCAAGCCAGCCAAUGAAGAAACCCCGGUCAAACAGGAGGAAUCACCCGUGAGAACACAACCACAGAAGAAGCAGAGGGUCGCCAAACGGGAAGCUCCCUCGGCUACUCCUGACCGUCGGAGGAAGAAGGUCAAGGUCGAGAGCCCAGAUGAAGACGACAAUGCGCCACCACAUUCACCUACCAAAGUGAAGCCUUCCCCGGCUUCAACGCCCGCAAAAUCAGAGACUGGCAGUCCUCGGAAGCCCAGCAAGACCAAGGAGGACAAGGCUGCCGAUCUCCAGGCGAAGAAACUGAAGUCAUAUUCACAGUUCGCCAAUCAGUCGCCGUUCCCAGACUUUGCGCACCCGACGCCCGAGGAGUGCAAACUGGCGCACAAGAUCCUGGCCUCCCUCCACGGCGCGCGCCAGCGGCCCGAGAAGCUCACAGCGGCGCCGACGCAGCGCGCCGGGUGCGGCAACUCGCCCUCGGUGCUGGACGCGCUGGUGCGGACGAUCCUGUCGCAGAACACCAGCGACCGCAACAGCACGCGCGCCAAGCUCAGCAUGGACAAAGCCUGGCAUGGACGUUUUCAUACACUAGACGGCGGCAGCGACAAAUGGGACGCCAUCGUCGCGGGCGGGCAGGCGAAGCUGCAGGAGACGAUUGCGAGCGGUGGGCUCAGCGUCGUCAAGAGCCGCGUCAUCAUCAGCAUCCUGCAGCAGGCGCGCGACAAGUACGGCGCCUACUCGCUCGACCACCUGUUCCAGGCCUCCGACGACGACGCCAUGAGGGAGAUGCUGGCGUUUCAGGGCGUGGGACCCAAGACGGCGAGCUGCGUGCUGCUGUUCUGCCUGCGGCGCGAGAGCUUCGCCGUCGAUACGCACGUGCAUCGUAUUACGGGCUUGCUGGAGUGGAGGCCCAGGGACUGCUCGCGGGAUCAGACGCAUGCGCAUCUUGAUGCUCGGAUACCGGACGAGGACAAGUACAGCCUGCAUAUCCUCAUAAUCAAGCACGGGAAGAGCUGUGAUGAGUGCAAGGCGGGCGGGAAGAAUUUGGGCAAGUGUGAGCUUAGGAAGGCGUUUAGACGUGGCAAGGUUGAAGGUGAAGCUGGAGAGGAGGUCAAGGAGGAGGAGGUCGAAGGUAUGAAGAAGGAGGAGCCGGAUGUUGAGACGGGUGCGGAUGCUAUUGGUCAUGCUGUCGAGCAGGCCUCGUAG